AAAUGCACUGCCAGACUGAAAAUCUAUAGUUCAUGUUACGUAUAUUAUAGAAUUUCAGUACUGGCAGUGAAUUUCGGAACGCAGCCUAUAUUAAGGUUGUGGACAAGGGGCUAAUGUUAUAUUGUUUUAUACCUGCACACGUGAUGUAAACAUUGCCAAAAGGUUACAAAGAUCGUACACUUUGUGUUACAAAAGUUGAAAAUAAGGAUUUUCUUCAUCGUAUAUGGUUAUACAUUCUCUAAUUAAGUGACCAUGUCUAAUGCCAAAUUUCUUGAUAUUGAUGAAUCUCUCAAGACGAAAAAUUUGUUAUUGCCUGACAAGGAGAGAGAUGCUUUGGAUGAUAAACUAAAUAAGUUAAAAGAGAAACUUGAUACAAGAUCAACCAUUCUUGUACAACCUGCACCUGGUAUCUGUGUAAAAACUAAAACAACUAGUGGAGAAAAGGUUUUUGUGAAUAUAUGUACGUCGGAUAAAAUUCAAGCUCCAGAAGAUAUAUCUGAAGACAAAUUAUUUAAUCUUUUGAAUCAUGAACAAUCUGAUUAUACUAUACCGGUAAAUUUAGGUGCUGAGGGUGAAAGGAUGGAGAUGGAUAAAUCAAAUGUACCUUGUGCCACAUUUGACGUUAUGAUAAAUACAACUUACUUCAAGAAAUGUCAAGAAAAAGAACAUUUCAUGGCGUUUACAAUAUUGGCUAUAUUGAGUGGUCUGUCAGAGAAAUCUGGCAAAGAAAUUAACUGUGAGAAUUUUGUUAUUCUCAAAAAUCGAACAGUAAUGGGCAAACUACAGCAACAGUACAUACAAAAACGAUGGUUACAGGAUAUAAAAAAACCAGAAGAAAAAAAGCCAUUAAUCGAGAUAAUCCCACAGGUCAAGAAACCUGUCAGUAAGGAAGUUUGUUUACAGGAUAGCACACAAGUGGAUACAGGUUACAUGAUUUUGAAACAACCACUUGAAGAUCCAGUUGAAAGUUUAAUUGCUUUAUUCGACAUGCCGAAGACUGUGUCGAUCGAUGACGUAGUAGUACUCGUCAAUUCUGAUCGCAUAAAUGUUACAGAUGAAAAAACUUGUUCACGUGAUGUUUUACUUCCAUAUGCCGUAAAGAAAGACAGUGCAAAGGCCUAUUUCGAUUACAAUCUUGGGGUACGAAGUUACAUUUUUUCUUUCUAUAUAGAACCAUUUCCUAAUUUUCUUCUUAUUAAUAUAUUUUUGUAUAUUUCAGAUAUUACGAGUAGAUGUAUUAGUGCAAUAAAUGUGACGCAAAUGUUCGAGACUAUGCUUUGGCGUUUUUCCUUUUUAUAAUACUAAAACAAGAUUUUCUAUUUUUAGUUUCCUAUUUUUAUAUCUUAAUAUACUAAAAAAUUUUAAUUAUACGUUAAAGCUUUUACUCUCAAACAUUACUGUUCAAGAUAUAUGCUCUAUCUUGGCAAAAUAGAUUCAAAAUAUCGUAAGAAAACGAUUGUUCAAUAGAGUUACGGCAAAUUGGAGAUCAUCGAUUACGUAAAUUUAAGAUCGAACAGUAUGUAAAUAAACGAGAUAUAAAAUCUAUUUCAUAUAGCAAUAUAAAUUAGAUAACAAGUUACGUAUUAAGUUUCUCAUAUUUCUGUAUAGAAAGUCGGUCGCUCGAUACCCAACAUACCGAACACAUUUGGCAGUAGAUAAACCGUAUUUACACCUAUCAUGAAACAACAUACAUAUUUGUAGACUAAAUCGACGAAAACCUUAUUUGGAUUUCCACUAUAAUCCUGGGACUUCAUUAGCUCCUUAGAGUUGACUCGCAGUAUGCCACACAUUGUCGCGUAGCUAAAAGAUUUACAGAUAGCUUUUGUCGCAAUGACGCUGCAAAAACCAAGUAUAGUUCUGAAGAUCAGACUACCGAGCAUAGGAUACGUCGGCCAAAUGAUGUGAUAUGGCGGCGAGAACAACGGUUUACUCAACACACCGAUGUAAUAGUUCAGCCAUGUUCCCGCGUGAACUCCCGCAGUUACUGAUACGACCAUCGUAGUGUCGCCUCUGAAAUAAAUUGAGAAUUAAACAGAUAGAGAUUCGUCAAAUUGAACAUGCGACUUGAAUAUUUAAUAUUUUAUGUUUAAAAAUAAUAUAUAAGUAACAGAGUAUAAUAAUUGUGUAUAAUAAUUGCGUAAUAGUUGUGUAUAAUAAUUUCAGAUUUUUCAGCUGAAAUGAAACCGAGUUUUAUGUUAUAA